AUGCCUCCACCAAUCAACCACACCCCAGCGUACACCAACCCAGAGUACCAAACAACCCACCUCACUCUCUUCAAACAAUCCAUCACCACCCCCCUCAAAUCCGUCCUCCCGCCAGGGGUGACCCGCUAUGCAUUCGAGGCCGCGAUCCUGCAGUACAUGGUGGUCGUGGGCCACGAGCAAGUCCUCCAGGGCGACGCGCUGGCCGAGUACAUCGACCCGUACGAGCUGCGGGAGGCGGAGGGGAAGAGGAAGAUGCCGAGUGCGGCGGUGAGGCCGAAGAGCGUCGAGGAGUUGAGGGAGAUUCUGAGGAUCUCGAAUGAGUUUGACGUGCCGGUUUGGACGUUUAGUCGGGGGAAGAAUCUGGGAUAUGGAGGGCCUGCUCCUAGGGCGAACGGUUCCGUGGCACUUGAUCUCCACCGCAUGAACAAGAUAAUAGAAGUCAGCGCAGACUACGCAUACGCCGUCGUGGAGCCCGGCGUGACAUUCACCGAGCUCUACGAAUACUGCACUGAACACAAACUCACCGUCUGGCCCUCCGUCCCCUCUCUCGGCUGGGGCUCCGUCGUCGGCAACACCGUCGACCGCGGGACAGGCUUCACGCCCACGGCGACGCACCACCAGCACAUCUGCGGCGUGGAAGUCAUGCUCGCAGACGGUGACCUCGUCCGCACGGGACAAUUCGCGGUUUCCGGAUCCCCGUCCUCGCACCUCUCGAAGUUCACGUUCGGCCCCAGUAUAGAGGGCUUGUUCCUCCAGUCCAAUCUCGGGAUCGUGACGAAGCUCGGCAUAUGGCUCACCCCCGCGCCCCAGGCAUUCAUGUCCUGCUCGUUCGACAUGCCAGAUCUCGAGGAUGUGGAGACCAUCGUCGACGUGUUUGGGCCGCUGCGACGAGACGGCCUACUUCCAAACACCGUCUACGUCUCCAACCUCGUCGAAUGGCUCGGCAUGAUGGGCAAGCGCGAAGACCUCUGGCCGCACGACGGCCCCAUCCCAGAGUCCCGCCUCAGGGAGUUCCAGAAAGAACUCGACAUCGGGUACUGGAACGCGAAGUUCGGGCUCUACGGCGCGCGGGACGUCGUGCAAGCGCACUUCGACGAGCUCAAGAAGAUCGUGGGGCUCAAAGCACCGAAAGGACGACUCACGGGCAACAUGUUCGCCGCGGAAGACGGCCACACGCUCGACCCGGCGUCGCUCCCCGAACCCCACGGCGGCUUCUUCGUCGGCGUGCCCUCGCUUUGGAGCCUGCCGAUGGUGAAGUUCAGACUCCCCAAGGACGGCGGGGGGAUCGGCGCGCAUUACGAUUACAGUCCUAUCGUCCCGAGUAGCGGGAAGACGGUGUUGGAGUGGGUGAAGACGGCGAAGAAGAUAUGCGAAGCCGAGUCCUUCGACCUGUUCUGCGACUUCUUCAUGCACGAACGCCACGUCAUCUUCGUCAACAUGAUGACGUUCGACAAGACGAACCCGUCGCACAUCCGCGCCGUCGAGACCAUCUUCCAGAACCUCUUCGCCGAGGGGAAGAAGAGGGGUUUCAGCAAGUAUAGGAGCCAUGUUAAUGCUAUGGAUCAAGUCGCAUCGCUGUACGAUUUCAACGACCACGCAUACCGGCGGUUCGUAGAGAGGAUCAAGGACGCACUGGAUCCGAAGGGGAUUCUCUCGCCGGGAAAGCAGGGGAUCUGGCCGAGGAGGUUCAGGGAGAACGAGGCGCUGAAGGCGCAUCUGUAG